GCAUCUUCAGUGUGGGCACCCGGCUGUGACAGCUUGUGGUUUCACAGCCGGGUGCCCACUGCACAUGAGCGAGAAGCGCUGCACUUUGUGAAUGGCCCCGUAGUCUUCUGGGACUUGUCAUGUGUCCAAGAAGACUACGGGGAGGGAGGGAGGACAACUUCCGCUUCCGAUCGCCUAGGCAAUCGCAGCGGAGGUGGGAGCGGGUAUUUGUCAAAUUCAGGUAUCCGCUCCCCAAAGCAUGCUCGAGAAGCGCUGAGCUUUGUGAAUGGCCCCAUAGUCUUCUGGGACCUGUUGAGUUUCCCAGAAGACUAUGGGGAGGGAGGACAACUUCCACUUCCGAUCGCCUAGGCAAUUGCAGUGGAAGUGGGAGCGGGUA